ACAUAUAAUAGAAUAAUGAGAAAUGUCAGUUCAUUUUUCAGCGAACUGUAAAGCUGGGGCUUCCAAACACUCUUCUCUGCUAAUCUCGGCUUUGAAAUCAGCCAACAGCUGUUCCUUCCCUGCUGCUCAGUGUCCGUCGUCUGUUCGUCUAGUCAGUUUAUGGGCGAUAAAACUCUGGCGCUCCGAAAGAGACAACGAAAUAUAUAUACAUAUAUGGGGGCUUCAGCCAGAUAACGAUAUAACCAGCAGCGGCAGUGGUACCGAAAAACAGUCGAGUUUUCGAGUUCGCUGAGUUUACACGAACCACAAAGGCUUUGAAGUCACUAUACCAUCCCGAAGCUAUCAUCAUGUUGAAGAUUAUUGUUUUUGCCAUACUUUUCGUGGCCGUGGCUUUGGCCAUGCAGCCCCUAAACGAGGAUAACCAACGGAAUCAUCAUCUGAACCACAAGCGUCAGCUGUCGCAGCACCAUCACAAGCAUCUCGAGGAGAAGCAUCAUGGACUUAAGGAGUCUCACAAGCCAGGAAAGCAUUUACCCCACCUGGCAGCUCACAAAAUCCAGGCCAAAUCCACCUCCCAGAGGAAGGGCAGGCAGGCCCAUUCGGAGCAUGGUCACAGCAAGAGCCACCAUCAAAAGCAUCAGAAGAGCCACCAUUCCUCCAGCAGGAAGGCCAGAUCCAAUUCCAAGCACCACCACAAACGCCACGCAGGAUCGCGUCGCCACUAGAGAGAGGAGCUUUACGGCCGAGUUGAUUCCUAUUUAAAUCCUUACUUACUUAUGUGUAUGUAAGCUGUACCCUUCCGUAUGCCAAAAAUAAUAAAAGCAGAGCUCUAAAAGUCAA